UGAAUUGCACAUCAAUUGAUGUCUUCACAGCUGCUAUUUUUCCACUGGCUAUUAAACUUUAAUAGUUUUUUCCAACUGCUUCCAAGAUUAGUGUGGAAAACUCGGAACGAUAGCUAACUCCGUUAAGUGCAUGUACAGCAAGAAGCUAUUUUGAAGAUGGCACCGAAGAUACAUUAUACUGUUGUACUUUUUCUUCAAAUCUUAAUGGCUGGGUUAAUUCACAACUCUCAGGGAAAAUCUCUACGAACAAUAAGCGUCGAAGAGUACCACAAUUUAAAGAAUUCAACGACAUCACACUUUGUAGCUGUACACUUCGAUAGCUCAGAAUCCAGAAGGGAAUACCCUCACUUUUUAAGAGAGUUUCGCAAAGCGGUGGACGUCCUAGACCCAUAUGGAAUCGAGCUAUUAAAGGUUGAUUGCAAAGGUACAAACUUGAAUGAAUGCAGUGAGACCAAUAUAUAUAUAUACAAAGAUGGUGACUUUGAGGAGACACUUGGUUUAGAUGUAGUUUUUAAUCAAGAUUCUCUAGCUGCCAAUCUUCUGCAAUUAUUGCUGAAAAAUGAAAUUGAGUUUGUAUCGGAUAAGGAACGUGUACAAGAAAUCAGAAAUGCUGCCCAACAAUUGAAGAAAAGUGUGGUGUUUUCUUAUGUAAAGGGUUAUGGAAAUACAGAGCAUGCCAUYUUUACCAAGCUAGUCUUUGUAUUUGCUGAUAGAAAAAAAUAUGAUUUUGUGAUUACCACAAAUAAAAAARUAGUUGCAGAAAUCGAGGGGUUAUCGAAAAAGGCUGGUGGUUCAAUCGCAGUGCAUGUCUGCAAGGAUGGACCUUGCAAAGUGUAUAAACCAGCAAAAAUGACAAUAUUUAAUGCUGGACAACUCCUCCAGCUUCUGCAGCUACCUAAAUAUGAAUAUCUGAGUGAGAAAGGUACCACUAGCUACGAUGGCCAACCUCUGUCAUUCAAUAAAGCCUACAUAUUUACUGAUGGUAGUGAUAUUGCUGAUGAAAAUGGGUUGAAAAGUCUGACUGAUCAUUAUCAUGGACAUGUUGGUUUUGUUCUAGUAGAUGUCAAGAAGCACAAAGACAAACUAUCGAAGUUUGGUUUACACGAGAACAGUGCAUUUCCAACAGCAGCGUUCAUGCCAGCUUCACCAGGGGCACAACCGUACGUGGAAUUGUUUCCAGACCAAAAUAUUAUCUUCACAUUUGAAAACUUUAAGUAUUUAAUCGAUGAAUAUCUUCAAAACCCGCAGAAACAGUACAAGUAUGAUGCAAUGACAUCGUCACUGAAAAUCCUAACAUUUGAUGCUUUUAAGAAGAUCGAAUCUCCUGUGGGUGCGUUUUUGGUUACUUUGAGUUACCUCAUGGURGCAUACUGUGAAAAGGGUUCAGCACGCUCUGAAUGCCGGGAUUUCAGCAAGGACUUCCGGCGAUUGACGAGGACUUUCGAUAGAAGAAAAGAACCAAAAGUCGCUUUUAUUCAUGUAAUUUUGUCUCAUGGUGGAGAUAAUGAGAUUGGAACCUCGAAGCGUCCUUACAUUGAAUUWUAUAGUAAGGAGACAGGCGAURACUUUAUCGUCUUCCAAGGGACACCGAAUUAUCAUGGCAUGGUAGACUUUUUGGAAAAACAGACAAAGUUAUCAAUAACCAGACUACAGCCAAGCAAUUCCGAUAACAUAGCGAUUACAGUAGAAGAUGAAAAAGAACCAAUGGAUGAACAAAAGGAACCAGAAUCAAAGGAAAGUGAUGAAGAUGAAGCCGAAAGCAAGGACGGAGAUACUAGUGAAGAAACUGGAGACACUGACCCACCCCCUCCACCGGAGGAGACCGAAGAUGACGAAGUCGCAGGUUCCGUGUGGCGUACUGAACUUCCCACUGUUCCUGAAGACAAGAUUCCAUCACUGACUGACAAGACAUUUCAACCAACUCGCGACAUGAACGACUUACUUGUGGUCAAGUUUUUCCAACCUUGGGACGCAAGGUCGCAAGCUUUGAUAGGACCGUAUGUGGAAGCAGCUCUAAAUUUAGGGACGAUUGAUGUCGGGAAAUUCAGUAUCCGCCUGGCUCGUGUAAACUGCUUUGACUGGACAGAUGUCUGUCAGAAGAACAACAUCACAACUUAUCCUACAAUCAAGCUUUACCGGAAAGGAUUGGAUGAGUUUAUUUACAAAGGUCCUUUGGAUUCAGACAAUCUCGUUAAAACUGUUCUUAUGUUUAAAACGGAUUCUCCUUUGAGGCUAAAAACUCAGGAAGAGGUCGAAUCAUUUCUUACUGGAAGACUUCCAAUGAACGCCGGCAAGACAAGUUAUUUUUCAGUGCUUGGGUUGUUUUCAUCAGGUGAUGGAAAUGACAUGAAAGUCUUCACUGAGGCUGCAGAAAAACUUCKUGGCUCUUUURUUUUUGGUUUUGUUGCUGGUAAAGACGCAAUGGCGAUGUCUACAACGUAUGGAGUGAAAACUCCAGGAAUUCUUUUAAUAAAGCGUAACGACGCUGUAAGACCUCGUUCAGUGUUCGAUGGCGAAUUCACAGUGUCAGCCAUUGUGAACUUUGUGAGRUUGAACAGUUUGCAGUCCUUUGGGGAGUUAACGCCCAUGAAUUUACCGCUGUACCAUAGCCAUGGCCGUCCUCUUCUCAUUGCGUUCAGGGCAACAGCAGUGGAAGACAACACAUAHACACCAAUCRUCGAGAAGCUGGUCAAAGAWSAGUCGUUACGUCASAAGAUCUUCUUCACGUGGAUGUCAUUGACAUCUAAUGACGUCAAUGAGGUCAUCCUUAAGUCAUAUACUGGAAAAAAUGACGUACCUGUGCUUAUCAUCGUGGAUCGUAAAAAGGGUUUGAUUUUCCAGUACAGGAAUAAAGUGACGUUGAACAAUAUCUCGGCCUGGAUAAAGCGUUGCCUAAACGGUGAAGAAAAUCCUUCAAAUCAACUCAAAAAAGGCAAGUGGGAGCCGUUACUUGAAGGCUACGACUAUUUAUCUCUAAUGGAAGAAGAAGAAAAGAGAAAGAAAGAGAAGAAAAAUCAAGACGAUGGUGACUUUGACGACAAUGACACGAAUCAAGAGCAAACGGGUGCGCCAAUAGAGAAGACGAGACAAAGRAAACCUGAGGACUUUAGRGAGGAAGAUGAGAAACGUCAUGACGAACUCUAGUUUYAUUUCUAKUCAUUAUUAUUGAUCUUUUCCUUUAACUUAAGUCUAAAAACGGCAGUGAAACACUGAAGUAACCUUCGCACCUACACAGCACUACGUACAGUACUAAGCAGACUGCUAUGUCAUCGCUGAUAUCUAAGAAGUAUCAGCAAGUAACGUCUGCAGAUUGUCAAUAAAUGUAACACUUCACUGGAGUUCAUCCUCAUAUUUGAUUUUUUCGCUAGUCUAUAUAAUUUAAAAAUACUAAUACAUAGUAAGAGCUAAAAUAGGUGAUGUAUUUUUCAAAUAAAUGUAACAGAUAAGCUAAUUGUCGUUUACGAAAGUUUGUCUUGAGAAUUCUUCACUAUUUUCAUAUUCUUUGAUGACUGGAAACCGUAAUUUCUGCGUUUUUAAUGAAUUUCUUGAAUCAUAA